AUGAGGCGGCGGCCGGGAGUAGCGGGGCUGCAGACGGCAGCAGCAGUGAGGGGGCAGUACCGGUCGCUGGGGGAGGAUGUGGCGAAGCAGCGCCAGGAGUCGCUGCGGCAGCAGCUUGAAACAUUUAGAGGCUUCCUCAUGGACUUUGCUCAGAAGCACAAGAGUGACAUCAGCAGAAACCCGGCGUUCAGGGCGCAGUUCCACGCCAUGUUUGCGCAGUGCGGAGUGGACCCCCUCGCCAUAUUCCUCUCUCCCCUCUCCCCAUGUUCCGCUCUGCCCCCCAUCCUCCCCUCGUGCCAGAGCGAUAUCCGCAGCAACCCAGCAUUCAGGGCGCAGUUCCACGCCAUGUGUGCGCAGUGCGGGGUGGACCCCCUGGCCUCCAACAAGGGCUUCUGGAACGAGCUGCUGGGCUUCGGUGACUUCUAUUAUGAACUCGAAGGGCGCACAGCUGGUAGAGACGUGCAUGGCAACGAGGGAGUGCAGCUGAUAGAGACGUGCAUGGCAACGAGGGCGGACAACGGCGGGCUGAUCAAUCUGGAGGAGCUGCGGCGCCUCGUGGCGGGCAAGCGCCGCAUGCCGCUGGACGCGCUCUCCCAUGACGACUGCAUGCGCGCCCUCGCCACCAUCAAGGUUUGUGUGACGCCUUUUGAGUCGCCUCAAUACUCGUCUACUUACAUGCGGAUUCUAUAUCGGUGUGAUGGGUCCCAGCGCACCUCAAGUGUUUCGAGUGGAAAUUGGCAUAGUUACAUAGUCCCUAGGAGGGGGUUUAGCGGUGGAGAGAGUGGGUGCAGCACACGUGGUUUACUCUUUAAAACCUCUCAAAGACCCUCCAUCGUCGUCCCAACCUAUUGCCGUCAUCGGCAGUCCCUAGGAGGAGGGCUUGCGGUGGAGAAGGUGGGGGCGACUCACGUGGUGUCGCUCUCUUGCCCGUGCCCCUCCUCCUGCACCUCAACCCGCCGCGUCCUCUCCCUUGUCUCCCUUUGUCAUCGGCAGUCCCUAGGAGGAGGGUUUGCGGUGGAGAAGGUGGGGGCGACACACGUGGUGUCACUCUCUUGCCCGUGCCCCUCCUCCUGCACCUCAACCCGCCACGUCCUCUCCCUUGUCUCCCUUUGUCAUGGGCAGUCCCUAGGAGGAGGGUUUGCAGUGGAGAAGGUGGGGGCGACACAUGUGGUGCGCUCGCUGCCUCGGGAGCUCAGCACUGACCAGAACGACAUCCUCCGCCUUGCGCAGGUGACAUGGCAGGCGUGUGGGUGUGUGACCAUUGCAGACAUUCUCUCUGCCACGUCGUGGCAGCACGGCCGAAUCAACGAUGCUCUUGAUGCCCUGCUCAAGGAAGGCAUAGCGAUGGUGGAUGAUGGCGAUCCCGAUGGUCAACGGCGCUACUGGUUUCCAUGCUUUGACAUCGCCGCACCGACAUCUCUGUAA